GACAAGACAGAAGGGCAGACUUCGGAUCACGAUAAUAGUGUUGUGACUGUGAUCUCCCCAGAGCCUCUCCGGGAAAGAUACUCUUUUCUCAUUGUAUGACAAUUGGAAUUUGAAGGGAGUUUGCUAACUGAUGUUCUGUGUGGACCCAGAAGUACUACCGAUAAGAGUAUUUAUGGAACAAUGAUAAAUUUCAUCUUUCCCCGAAUGAUAUGAGGAUCAAUGAUGCAGACUGCUGGGUUCGAUGAAGCUGGACAUUUAUAACUAGAUUCAUUAAGGAAUACAAAGAAAAUAUUUAAAGGGAUCAAUAAUGGUGUCUUCUGGUUGCAGAAUGCGAAGCCUGUGGUUUAUCAUUAUAAUCAGCUUCUUACCGAAUACAGAAGGUUUCAGCAGAGCAGCUUUACCAUUUGGGUUAGUUCGUAGAGAAUUAUCCUGUGAAGGUUAUUCUAUAGAUCUACGAUGUCCCGGCAGUGAUGUCAUCAUGAUUGAGAGCGCUAACUAUGGUCGGACAGACGACAAGAUUUGUGAUGCUGACCCAUUUCAGAUGGAGAAUACAGACUGCUACCUCCCAGAUGCCUUCAAAAUUAUGACUCAAAGGUGCAACAAUCGAACACAGUGUAUAGUAGUUACUGGGUCAGAUGUAUUUCCUGAUCCAUGUCCUGGAACAUACAAAUAUCUUGAGGUCCAAUAUGAAUGUGUCCCUUACAUUUUUGUGUGCCCUGGGACCUUGAAAGCAAUUGUGGAUUCACCAUGUAUAUAUGAAGCUGAACAAAAGGCAGGUGCUUGGUGCAAGGACCCUCUUCAGGCUGCAGAUAAAAUUUAUUUCAUGCCCUGGACUCCAUAUCGUACUGAUACUUUAAUAGAAUAUGCUUCUUUAGAAGAUUUCCAAAACAGUCGCCAAACAACAACAUACAAACUUCCAAAUCGAGUAGAUGGUACUGGAUUUGUGGUAUAUGAUGGUGCUGUCUUCUUUAACAAAGAAAGAACAAGGAAUAUUGUGAAAUUUGACUUGAGGACUAGAAUUAAGAGUGGAGAGGCCAUAAUUAACUAUGCUAACUAUCAUGAUACCUCACCAUAUAGAUGGGGAGGAAAAACUGAUAUUGACCUAGCAGUUGAUGAAAAUGGCUUAUGGGUCAUUUAUGCCACUGAACAGAACAAUGGAAUGAUAGUUAUUAGCCAACUGAAUCCAUACACUCUUCGCUUUGAAGCAACGUGGGAGACUGUGUAUGACAAGCGAGCUGCAUCAAAUGCUUUUAUGAUCUGUGGAGUCCUUUAUGUGGUCAGGUCAAUUUAUCAAGACAAUGAGAGUGAAACAGGCAAGAAUGCAAUUGAUUAUAUUUACAAUACCCGAUUAAACCGAGGAGAAUAUGUAGAUGUUCCCUUCCCCAACCAGUAUCAGUAUAUUGCUGCAGUGGAUUACAAUCCAAGAGAUAACCAACUCUACGUGUGGAACAAUAACUUCAUUUUACGAUAUUCUCUGGAGUUUGGUCCACCUGAUCCUGCCCAAGUGCCUACCACAGCUGUGACAGUAACUUCUUCAGCUGAGAUGUUCAAAACCACAGUAUCAACCACAAGCCCUUCACAGAAAGGCCCCAUGAGCACAACUGUAGCUGGAUCUCAGGAAGGAAGCAAAGGGACAAAACCACCUCCAGCAGUUUCUACAACCAAAAUUCCUCCUGUAACAAAUAUUUUUCCCCUGCCAGAGAGAUUCUGUGAAGCAUUAGACGCAAGGGGGAUAAGGUGGCCUCAGACACAAAGGGGAAUGAUGGUUGAACGACCAUGUCCCAAGGGAACGAGAGGAACUGCCUCGUAUCUCUGCAUGCUUUCCACUGGAACAUGGAACCCUAGGGGCCCCGAUCUUAGCAACUGUACCUCACACUGGGUAAAUCAGCUGGCUCAGAAGAUCAGAAGUGGAGAAAACGCUGCCAGCCUUGCCAAUGAACUGGCUAAACAUACCAAAGGGCCAGUGUUUGCUGGGGACGUGAGUUCUUCAGUGAGGUUGAUGGAGCAGUUGGUGGACAUUCUUGAUGCGCAGCUGCAGGAACUGAAACCUAGUGAAAAGGAUUCAGCUGGACGGAGUUAUAACAAGCUCCAAAAACGAGAGAAGACAUGCAGGGCUUACCUUAAGGCAAUUGUUGACACAGUGGACAACCUUCUGAGACCUGAAGCUUUGGAAUCAUGGAAACACAUGAAUUCUUCUGAACAAGCGCAUACUGCAACAAUGCUACUGGAUACAUUAGAAGAAGGAGCUUUUGUCCUGGCUGACAAUCUCGUAGAACCAACCAGGGUCUCAAUGCCCACAGAAAAUAUUGUUCUGGAAGUUGCAGUGCUCAGUACAGAAGGACAGGUCCAAGACUUCAAAUUUCCUCUGGGCAUCAAAGGGGCAGGCAGCUCAAUCCAACUCUCUGCGAAUACCGUCAAACAGAACAGCAGGAAUGGUCUUGCAAAGUUGGUGUUCAUCAUUUACCGGAGUCUGGGACAGUUCCUUAGUACAGAAAAUGCAACCAUAAAACUGGGUGCUGACUUUAUCGGUCGAAAUAGCACCAUUGCAGUGAAUUCCCAUGUCAUUUCAGUUUCAAUCAAUAAAGAAUCCAGCCGAGUAUACUUGACAGAUCCUGUGCUUUUUACCCUACCACACAUUGAUCCUGACAAUUAUUUCAAUGCAAACUGCUCCUUCUGGAACUACUCAGAGAGAACUAUGAUGGGAUAUUGGUCUACCCAGGGCUGCAAGCUGGUUGACACUAAUAAAACUCGUACAACGUGUGCGUGCAGCCACCUAACCAAUUUUGCAAUUCUUAUGGCCCACAGGAAAAUUUCAUACAAAGAUGGAGUUCACGAAUUACUUCUUACAGUCAUCACCUGGGUGGGAAUUGUCAUUUCCCUUGUUUGUCUGGCUAUCUGCAUCUUCACCUUCUGCUUUUUCCGUGGUCUACAGAGUGACCGGAAUACUAUUCACAAGAACCUUUGUAUCAACCUUUUCAUUGCUGAAUUUAUUUUCCUAAUAGGCAUUGAUAAGACAAAAUACAUGAUAGCAUGCCCAAUAUUUGCAGGACUUCUACACUUUUUCUUUCUGGCUGCUUUUGCUUGGAUGUGCCUAGAAGGUGUGCAGCUCUAUCUGAUGUUAGUUGAAGUUUUUGAAAGUGAAUAUUCAAGGAAGAAAUAUUACUAUGUUGCCGGUUACUUGUUUCCUGCCACAGUGGUUGGCGUUUCAGCUGCUAUUGACUAUAAGAGCUAUGGAACAGAAAAAGCUUGCUGGCUUCAUGUUGAUAACUAUUUCAUAUGGAGUUUCAUUGGACCUGUUACCUUCAUUAUUCUGCUAAAUAUUAUCUUCCUGGUGAUCACAUUGUGCAAAAUGGUGAAGCACUCAAACACAUUGAAACCAGAUUCUAGCAGGUUGGAAAACAUUAAUAAUUACCGUGUUUGUGAUGGCUACUAUAAUACGGACUUACCUGGGUCUUGGGUGCUUGGCGCUUUCGCUCUUCUGUGUCUUCUUGGCCUAACCUGGUCAUUUGGGUUGCUUUUUAUUAAUGAGGAGACUAUUGUGAUGGCUUAUCUCUUCACCAUCUUUAAUGCUUUCCAGGGAGUGUUCAUUUUCAUCUUUCACUGUGCUCUCCAAAAGAAAGUGCGAAAAGAAUAUGGCAAGUGCUUCAGACACUCGUAUUGCUGCGGCAGCCUCCCAACUGAGAGCCCGCACAGCUCAGCGAAGGCGUCCACCACCAGAACCAGUGCUCGGUAUUCCUCUGGCACACAGAGUCGUAUAAGAAGGAUGUGGAAUGACACUGUGAGAAAACAAUCUGAAUCGUCUUUUAUCUCAGGUGACAUCAAUAGCACUUCAACACUUAAUCAAGGACAUUCACUGAACAAUGCCAGGGAUACAAGUGCCAUGGAUACUCUACCGCUAAAUGGUAACUUUAACAACAGCUACUCACUACGCAAGGGGGACUAUAAUGACAGCGUGCAAGUCGUGGACUGUGGACUAAGUCUGAAUGAUUCCGCUUUUGAGAAAAUGAUCAUUUCAGAAUUAGUGCACAACAACCUGCGGGGCAGCAGCAAGGCUCACAACCUCGAGCUCACACUACCAGUCAAACCUGUGAUUGGAGGGGGCAGCAGCGAAGAUGAUGCUAUCGUGGCAGAUGCUUCGUCUUUAAUGCACAGUGACAACCCAGGGCUGGAGCUCCAUCACAAAGAACUCGAGGCACCGCUCAUUCCUCAGCGGACUCACUCCCUUCUGUACCAACCCCAGAAGAAAGCGAAGCCCGAGGGGACUGACAGCUACGUCUCCCAGCUGACAGCUGAGGCCGAGGACCACCUGCAGUCCCCCAACAGAGACUCUCUUUACACAAGCAUGCCCAACCUUAGAGACUCUCCGUAUCAGGAGAGCAGCCCCGACAUGGAAGAAGACCUGUCUCCAUCCAGGAGGAGUGAGAACGAGGACAUUUACUAUAAGAGCAUGCCAAACCUUGGAGCUGGCCAUCAGCUUCAGAUGUGCUACCAGAUCAGCAGGGGCAAUAGUGAUGGUUACAUAAUCCCCAUUAACAAAGAAGGGUGUAUUCCAGAAGGAGAUGUCAGAGAAGGACAAAUGCAGCUGGUGACAAGUCUUUAAUAGUGCAGCUAAGGAAUUCCAGCGGCCCCAUGCAAGUGUUAGUAAAUAAAGACAGGCUCCAUGGCCUGAUACAGCUCCCUCAAACUCUGCUUGAAGAGAUGGCUCUGUUGACCUGUGGUUCUCCAGUGUAAAAAAGAUGACUGAACCUUGCAGUUCUGUGAAUUUUUAUAUAACAUACAAAAACUUUGUAUAUACACAGAGUAUACUAAAAUGAAUUAUUUGUUACAAAGAAAAGAGAUGCCAACCAGGUAUUUUAAGUUUCUGCUGCUGUUUAGAGAAAUUGUGAAACAAGCGAAACAAAACUUUCCAGCCAUUUUACUGCAGCAGUUUGUGAACUAAAUUUGUAAAUAUGGCUGCACCAUUUUUGUAGGCCUGCAUUGUAUUAUAUACAAGACGUAGGCUUUAAAAUCCUGUGGGACAAAUUUACUGUACCUUACUGUUCCUGACAAGACUUGGAAAAGCAGGAGAGCUAUUCUGCAUCAGUUUGCAGUUAACUGCAAACCUUUUACAUUAAGGCAAAGAUUGAAAACAUGUUUAACCACUAGCAAUCAAGCCACAGGCCUUAUUUCAUAUGUUUCCUCAACUGUACAAUGACCUAUUCAAAAAUGGCUAAAGAAAUUAUAUUUUGUUCUAUUGCUAGGGUGAAAUAAAUACAUUUGUGUCCAACGGAAAUAUAAUUGUCAUUAAAAUAAUUUUAGAGUUUGGAGAAAAUAUUAUGUGAAGCUCAUGGUUGCACAUAUGUUAUCAAAUGUUUUUUCUUACACUUUGUCAUUGUAAGUUCUACCCAUUUUCACUUAUUUUCCACUGUAUACGGUGUUCUGCUUUGACAAGUUAGUCCUUAUUCUUACAUUUUAAUUUCUUAUGGCCAAAAGAACGUGUUUUAUGGGGAAAAAACUCUUUGAAGCCAGUUAUGCCAUGCCUUGCACAAAUGUGGUGAAAUCUAGAAAAGAUUGUUUGUCACCCCUCUGUUUGUUCUUGAACAGGGGCCAAAGAGGGCACUGGGCACUUCUCACAAACUUUCUAGUGAACAAAAGGUGCCUAUUCUUUUUUAAAAAGUAAAAUUAAACAUAAAUAUUACUCUUCCAUAUUCCUUCUGCCUAUAUUUAGUAAUUAAUUUAUUUUAUGAUAAAGUUCUAGUGAAAUGUAAAUUGUUUCAGCAAAAUUCUGCUUUUCUUUUCAUCCCUUUGUGUAAACCUGUUAAUAAUGAACCCAUCACUAAUAUCCAGUGUAAAGUUUAACACGGUUUGACAGUAAAUAAAUGUGAAUUUUUUCAAGUA